AUGCUGGGGUCUCUUUACACUUUGGGAACAGAUGUAUCUCUUACACACGACAGAAAGUAUCUUAAAACUGAAAUUGAAAGGCACAAGCCCGCUUUGGGUUCAUGUCUUGGCGCAUUUAGUUCAACAUUCCCUGUGGCAUUUUUGGAGCCACAUCUCAACAAACACAAUCAGUUUUCGCUGCUGAACCGUAUAGCAGAUCAUUCGUUGGAGGCGCAAGAUAUAAUGGCGAAGAUGGAGCAAUCGAUGCCAACCCUGGAAACAAUAUUGAACGAGGUAGACCACUUUGUGGAGUCAGAUAAGACGUACAGCGAAGCUCCACAUAUCAUUGAUGUAGUUUUGCCAUUGUUAUGUUCCUACUUACCAUUUUGGUGGGCUCAAGGACCUGAUAAUGUUACACCUACUGGCGGAAACCACGUAACCAUGGUGACAGCGGAACACAUGAACCAGCUCCUCAAGAAUGUGCUUAAACUCAUUAAGAAGAACAUAGGAAACGAAAGCGCUCCCUGGAUGACCCGUAUCGCGACGUACACACAACAGAUUAUAAUUAAUUCAUCGGAGGAGCUGUUACGGGAAUCGUUCCUUCCUUUAGCGGAGCGGGUUAGGAAGAGGACUGACAAUAUGUUCCAUAAGGAAGAGAGCUUGAGAGGAUUUAUAAAAUCGUCAACAGACGAUACAUCGCAAGUAGAGUCACAGAUACAGGAAGACUGGCAGCUGUUGGUUCGUGACAUUUACUCGUUCUACCCACUUCUUAUCAAAUACGUCGAUUUGCAGAGGAACCAUUGGCUGAGAAAUAAUGUGUCAGAGGCGGAAGAACUCUACAAUCACGUUGCUGAAAUAUUCAAUAUAUGGUCGAAGAGUCAGUACUUCUUGAAGGAGGAGCAAAACUUCAUUUCCGCCAAUGAAAUCGACAACAUGGUAUUGAUAAUGCCUACAGCGACUAGAAGAGUGACCACCGUUGCGGACGGAGCCCCGCAAGGUGGUGGAAAGAAAAAGAAGAAGCACCGUGACAAGAAAAGAGAUAAGGACAAAGAAGUACAGGCUUCGUUAAUGGUUGCUUGUCUGAAGAGGCUUCUGCCAGUUGGUUUGAAUCUCUUCGCUGGUAGAGAACAAGAACUGGUUCAGCAUUGUAAGGAUCGUUUUUUGAAGAAAAUUUCAGAACAAGAUGUAGCAGAGUUCGCCAAAACUCAACUUACACUGCCAGAUAAAAUCGAUCCAGCAGACGAGAUGUCGUGGCAGCACUAUCUUUACAGCAAACUAGGUUCGAAAAGUAAGACCACGGUCACUGUGGACACUGCUGAAAACAAAGCCAAGAUCAUCGACGACACAGUGGAGAGGAUUGUCGCUAUGAGCAAAGUUUUAUUCGGAUUGCAUAUGAUCGACCACCCCCAACAAAUGAGCAAGAACGUAUACCGUUCUGUUGUGUCCAUACAACGAAAGCGCGCUGUCAUCGCCUGUUUCCGUCAGACUUCUUUGCAUUCUCUACCAAGGCAUAGAGCAUGUAACAUCUUCGCCAGAACAUAUUAUGAACUAUGGCUAGAAGAAGAGAAUAUUGGACAAGAAGUAAUGAUAGAGGACUUAACGCAAUCAUUUGAAGACGCAGAGUUGAAAAAGAGUGACGUGGUAGAAGAAGAAGGAAAACCAGAUCCUUUGACGCAGCUGGUCACCACAUUCUGUCGAGGUGCUAUGACGGAACGAUCUGGCGCGUUACAGGAAGAUCCAUUGUACAUGUCGUAUGCACAUAUUAUCGCAAAAUCAUGUGGAGAGGAAGAGGAAGAAGGUGGUGAAGAGGAGGAGGGAGGUGGUGAACCAGAAGGUGAAGAUGAAGGAAAAUCUAGCAUACACGAGCAAGAAAUGGAAAAGCAGAAGCUAUUAUUUCACCAAGCACGCCUUGCUAACCGCGGUGUAGCUGAAAUGGUGUUGCUACAUAUUUCCGCUUCGAAGGGCGUUCCCAGCGACAUGGUCAUGAAAACUUUGCAGUUGGGGAUCUCUAUUUUGAGAGGUGGCAACAUCGAUAUCCAAAUGGGUAUGCUCAACCAUCUCAAAGAUAAAAAAGACGUGGGCUUCUUUACAUCAAUAGCUGGAUUAAUGAACUCCUGUUCUGUUCUCGACCUGGAUGCAUUUGAACGAAACACGAAGGCCGAAGGUCUCGGUGUUGGACUAGAGGGCGCUGCUGGUGAGAAAAACAUGCAUGACGCAGAAUUUACCUGCGCGCUAUUUAGAUUCAUACAGCUUACUUGCGAAGGACACAAUCUUGAAUGGCAAAACUACCUUCGUACGCAAGCUGGUAACACUACAACCGUUAACGUGGUCAUUUGCACAGUAGAUUAUUUGCUACGGUUGCAAGAAUCGAUCAUGGACUUCUAUUGGCAUUAUUCAAGCAAGGAAUUAAUAGAUCCCGCGGGUAAAGCAAACUUCUUCAAAGCGAUUGGAGUAGCAUCCCAGGUGUUCAACACUCUCACUGAAGUCAUACAAGGUCCUUGUACUCAGAAUCAACAGGCUUUAGCGCAUUCCAGAUUAUGGGAUGCUGUUGGCGGUUUCCUUUUCCUAUUCUCGCAUAUGCAAGACAAGUUGUCAAAGCACUCCUCACAAGUCGAUCUUCUAAAGGAGCUCCUCAAUUUACAGAAGGACAUGAUCACAAUGAUGCUUUCCAUGCUUGAAGGAAACGUUGUCAAUGGAACAAUUGGAAAGCAAAUGGUGGACACACUCGUAGAGUCGGCAUCAAAUGUAGAACUGAUUCUGAAAUACUUCGACAUGUUCCUGAAAUUGAAGGAUCUCACCUCGAGCGCUAGUUUCAAGGAAAUCGACGCGAAUAAUGACGGUUGGGUGACGCCGAAGGACUUUAAGGAGAAGAUGGAACAACAGAAGAGUUAUACGCCAGAAGAGAUUGAGUUCCUUCUGGCCUGCUGUGAAACGAACCAUGACGGCAAGCUGGACUAUGUUGGCUUCUGUGACCGGUUCCAUGAACCGGCGAAGGAAAUCGGUUUUAACUUAGCUGUACUGCUGACCAACCUAUCCGAACAUAUGCCAAAUGAACCCAGAUUAGCUCGAUUCCUGGAGACAGCUGGUUCGGUUCUCAAUUACUUCGAACCAUUCUUGGGCAGGAUCGAAAUUAUGGGCGGAUCCAAACGUAUAGAGCGAGUCUACUUUGAGAUCAAAGAGUCUAAUAUCGAGCAAUGGGAGAAACCGCAGAUUAAGGAAUCAAAACGCGCGUUCUUCUACAGCAUAGUAACUGAAGGAGGUGAUAAGGAAAAAUUAGAAGCGUUCGUUAAUUUCUGUGAGGACGCCAUCUUUGAAAUGACGCAUGCGUCUGGAUUAAUGGCGGCUUCCGAAGAAUCUGCGAGUGGACCAAAGAAUAGGGAGGCUGCAUAUACCUAUUUGGGUGAUGAUGAUGAAGAGAGAGCGGGAAAAGAUCCAUUCCGCCGCGGCUUCCAAUCAGUGAAGGAUGGAAUAUCAACAGCGUUCUCGUCCCUAUCUCCGUCGAACAUUAAGACUAAAAUUGCAGACAUGCAACAGAUGCCACCCGGGCAACUCUUGCUGGGCUUCUUCAAAUUGUUCUUCUACUUAUUCUACUAUAUUGGCUAUGGAUUUGUCAUCGUUUUAAGGUACAUUUUUGGUGUAUUACUCGGUUUGAUGCGAGGGCCUCAUGUGGAGGAGCCACCUCCUCCAGAACCAACAGAGGAGGAGAAAAUCGGUCAGUUCAAACACAGAUUGCUAACACAAAGUCCAUCGCGUCACUUACCCGCGUUACCAGCUGCUGAUGAUACAGGACAAAUGCAAGUCUCCGCAUUCGGUUUGGAUAUUACUAAAGAAGACAAUGGCCAGCUACAAGUUAAACCUCAUGAGUCUCCUACUGCAUCGACGCCAUCUUCCGGUGAGGAAGCGGAAGUUUCGUUAGACGAAAGCGUAGAGCAUUCAGAAGAACAGCAACCUCCCUCACUUAUCGAUCUACUUGGCGGGGAACAAGCGAAGAAACAAGCCCAGGAACGAAUGGAGGCGCAGGCAGCACAGCAAGCAGCAAUGUCCGCCAUCGAGGCAGAGAGCAAGAAGGCAGUACAAGUUCCCGCCCCAUCUGCGCUCUCUCAAGUGGACUUGUCGAAAUACACGAAACGGGCAGUUUCCUUCCUCGCGAGAAACUUCUACAACCUGAAGUACGUGGCGUUAGUUCUUGCGUUCUGUAUCAACUUCGUGUUGCUCUUCUAUAAGGUAUCUACUCUGGAUGGUGAUAAGGGUGAAGGUUCCGGCAUUGGCGACAUAAUCAGUGGUUCCGGAUCAGGUCAAGGAUCCGGCAGUGGUGAUGGCAGCGGUGAAGGAGGAGACGACGAUGAUAGCUUAGAGGUUGUCCAGAUAGAUGAGGACUUUUUCUACAUGGAACACGUUAUAAACAUGGCUGCAGCCCUACAUUCGAUCGUUUCGCUUGCGAUCCUUAUUGGAUAUUAUCAUCUCAAGGUACCGCUAGCCAUAUUUAAACGAGAGAAAGACAUAGCUCGCCGCCUGGAAUUCGAUGGUUUGUACAUAGCAGAACAGCCUGAAGACGACGACCUCAAGAGUCACUGGGAUAAACUCGUUAUAUCUGCCAAAUCUUUCCCAGUGAACUACUGGGAUAAGUUUAUCAAAAAGAAAGUGCGUGCAAAAUAUUCCGAGACCUAUGAUUUCGACUCGAUAUCAAACAUGCUGGGAAUGGAGAAGACAUCUUUUACUGCUCAAGAAGAGGAAGGCAACCGGGGUCUGUGGAAUUACAUUGUAAACAUAGACUGGCGUUACCAAGUGUGGAAAGCUGGUGUAACGAUAACUGACAACUCGUUCCUCUACUCUCUAUGGUACUUCAGUUUCUCCGUGAUGGGGAACUUUAACAACUUUUUCUUCGCCGCGCAUUUGCUAGAUGUCGCUGUUGGUUUCAAGACGCUGAGAACUAUCUUGCAGUCUGUCACGCAUAACGGAAAACAGCUGGUGUUAACAGUGAUGCUGUUAACAAUAAUAGUGUACAUAUACACGGUUAUUGCGUUCAACUUCUUCCGCAAGUUCUACGUGCAAGAGGAAGAUGACGAGGUCAACAAGAACUGUCAUGAUAUGCUGUCGUGCUUCGUGUUUAACCUGUACAAAGGCGUACGCGCAGGAGGUGGUAUUGGCGACGAACUGGAGCCACCAGAUGGAGACGAUUCUGAAGUGUACCGCAUCAUUUUCGAUAUAUCUUUCUUCUUCUUCGUGAUCAUUAUCUUGCUCGCUAUCUUGCAGGGUUUGAUCAUCGACGCCUUCGGAGAACUCCGUGACCAACUGGAGUCCGUGAAGGAAGACAUGGAGUCCAAUUGCUUCAUUUGUGGCAUCAAUAAGGACUACUUUGAUAAAGUUCCGCAUGGUUUUGAUACGCACGUGCAAAGAGAGCAUAAUUUAGCAAAUUACAUGUUCUUCUUGAUGCAUCUUAUUAACAAACCAGAUACUGAAUAUACAGGUCAAGAAACUUUUGUUUGGAACAUGUACACGCAGAGAUGCUGGGACUUCUUCCCUGUGGGAGAUUGUUUCAGGAAACAAUAUGAAGACGCCAUGGGAGAGUAG